CGUCUGAUGCGCAUCUGUCGAGCGGCUGCUGUGACUGUGAACCUCGUGCUCAGUACAACGAGAAAUGGACUAUACAUCGCGUUAACGACCAAACUUCAAUAACCAGACAGGCCUCAACUCCACCGAUCAGCUGUUUUUCGUACUGAAUUCAAUUCCUCUCUAUGCCGGGGAUGAAUGCACCAAUGAGGAGCCUGACCGGUAUGCCUGAUCGCAUGUUAUGUGCAGUGCUGGAGCAAUUUCAGCUUUACUUUUCCCGUUGAUCCACUCUCUCUAUAGCACAGCGAGCCCAAGCAUGCUGAAGAGGAAGCAGAGCUCGCGGGUCGAGGCCCAGCCCAUGACUGACUUUGGGCCAGAUGAAACUCUGACAGACAGUGCUGACAUUCUUUGGAUCAACAAACCAUGGGUUCAUUCUCUCCUGCGGGCUUGUGCUAUAAUCAGUGUCAUUUCGGUCUGUAUGAAUACACCUAAGACCUUCGAGCACUACCCGCCCCUGCAAUAUGUCACCUUUACCCUGGACACGCUACUGAUGUUCCUCUACACUGCAGAGAUGAUCGCCAAAAUGCAUAUAAGGGGCAUUAUCAAGGGAGAGAACUCCUAUGUUAAAGACCGUUGGUGCAUGUUUGAUGGCUUCAUGGUGGUCUUCCUCUGGGUCUCUCUUGUGCUUCAGGUGUUUGAAAUAGCAGAGAUUGUGGACCAAAUGUCACCCUGGGGAAUGUUACGCAUACCGAGGGCCCUCAUUAUGAUCCGAGCCUUCCGAAUCUACUUCCGAUUUGAACUGCCGCGCACCAGGAUAACCAACAUUCUUAAGCGGUCGGGGGAACAGAUCUGGAGUGUGACCAUAUUUUUGCUGUUUUUCCUGCUCCUGUAUGGAAUCCUGGGGGUUCAGAUGUUUGGCACCUUCAAUUUUCACUGUGUCACCAAUGAUACUCAGAGAGAUAAUGUGACAUGGAACAGCCUUGCAAUUCCUGAUACACACUGCUCUCCAAACGGGGAGGGUUAUCAGUGUCCAGCGGGCUUUAAGUGUAUGGAUCUGAUGGAAGACUUGGGACUUAGCAGACAGGAACUCGGAUAUAGUGGCUUCAAUGAGCUUGGCACCAGUAUAUUCACAGUAUAUGAGGCCGCGUCUCAAGAGGGAUGGGUCUUCAUCAUGUAUCGAGCCAUCGACAGCUUCCCACGCUGGCGCUCAUAUUUCUACUUCAUCACACUCAUCUUCUUCCUCGCCUGGCUGGUCAAGAAUGUGUUCAUCGCUGUGAUUAUAGAAACCUUUGCUGAGAUCAGAGUGCAGUUCCAGCAAAUGUGGGGAUCCCGGAGCAGCACCACGUCAACAGCUACUACACAGAUGUUUCACGAGGACGCGUCUGGAGGAUGGCAGCUCGUGGCGGUGGACGUGAAUAAACCACAUGGCCAGGCGCCUGCUUGCCUCCAGAAACUGAUGCGAUCUUCAGUUUUUCACAUGUUCAUCCUCAGUAUGGUGGCCGUUGACGUGAUUGUAGCUGCUAGCAAUUACCACAAGGGCGAGGACCAUAAACUUACCAAUGACGAGUUCUACCUGGCUGAGGUCGCUUUCACUGUGCUGUUUGAUUUGGAGGCUCUUCUGAAAAUCUGGUGUUUGGGCUUCAAUGGCUACAUCAGUUCCUCUCUACACAAGUUUGAGUCACUGCUUGUAGUGGGAACCACCCUGCACAUAUAUCCUGAUCUUUACCACUCGCAGUUCACCUACUUCCAGGUUUUGCGAGUGGUUCGUCUAAUAAAGAUCUCCCCAGCACUAGAGGAUUUUGUGUAUAAAAUCUUCGGUCCAGGGAAGAAACUCGGCAGUCUAGUGGUGUUCACUGCCAGUCUGCUCAUAGUGAUGUCUGCCAUCAGUCUGCAGAUGUUCUGCUUUGUAGAAGACUUGGAUCGUUUCACAACAUUUCCACGGGCAUUUAUGUCCAUGUUCCAGAUUCUUACUCAAGAGGGUUGGGUGGAUGUCAUGGACCAAACGCUGGUGGCAGUGGGACCGAUGUGGGCUCCAAUCGUGGCCAUAUACUUCAUUCUCUACCACCUUUUUGCCACACUGAUCCUUCUGAGCCUUUUUGUGGCUGUUAUUUUGGACAAUCUUGAGUUGGAUGAAGACCUGAAAAAGUUAAAACAGCUGAAACAGAGCGAAGCCAAUGCUGAUACGAAAGAGAAACUUCCUCUGAGAUUACGGAUCUUUGAGAAGUUCCCCAAUCGACCACAGAUGGUGAAAAUAUCCAAGCUGCCUUCAGACUUUACUGUGCCCAGAAUCAGGGAGAGCUUCAUGAAGCAGUUCAUCGACCGACAGCAGCAGGACCCCAGCUGUCUGUUCCGUCGCCUUCCUUCAGCAUCGUCCUCAUCCUGCGACCAUUCCAAGAGGUCUGCCAUUGAGGAUAAUAAAUACAUAGAUCAGAAGCUCAGAAAGUCAGUAUUUAGCAUCCGGGCCCGUAACCUCAUAGAAAAGGAAACCACUGUCAAUAAAAUCCUGCGAGCCUGCACCAGACAACGUAUGCUAAGUGGUUCCAUUGAGGGUCAGCCAACUAAAGAGAGAUCCAUACUCAGUGUCCAGCAUCACAUCCGACAAGAGCGCCGGUCCCUCAGACAUGGCUCUACUAGCCAGAGAAUCAGCAGAGGGAAAUCCCUGGAAACACUCACUCAGGAUCACUCCAGCACGGUCCGUUACCGUAACGCUCAGCGUGAGGACAGUGAAAUCAAGAUGAUACAAGAGAAAAAGGAGCAGGCUGAGAUGAAACGAAAAGUCCAAGAGGAGGAACUUCGGGAAAACCAUCCAUACUUUGACAAGCCACUCUUCAUCGUUGGUAGAGAGCACCGCUUCCGAAACUUUUGCCGAAUGAUUGUGCGGGCCCGUUUCAAUGUGUCUAAAACGGAUCCCAAUACAGGCGCAGUGAACAGCACAAAAUACCAUCAAUUAUAUGAUUUGCUGGGCUUGGUAACCUAUCUGGACUGGGUGAUGAUCGUGGUCACCAUCUGCUCUUGUAUUUCCAUGAUGUUUGAGUCCCCUUUUACUAGGGUCAUGCAUGUCCCUACCCUGCAGAUCGGAGAAUAUGUCUUCGUCAUCUUCAUGAGCAUUGAGUUGAACCUGAAGAUCAUGGCAGAUGGUCUGUUCUUCACUCCCACUGCAGUCAUCCGAGACUUCGGUGGCGUCAUGGACAUCUUCAUCUAUUUAGUCAGUCUGAUCUUUUUAUGCUGGCUACCAAACAAUGUGCCCCCUGAGUCUGGUGCCCAGCUUCUCAUGAUGCUACGCUGCCUACGCCCACUGCGUAUCUUUAAACUGGUGCCGCAAAUGAGGAAAGUGGUUCGAGAAGUCCUCAAGGGUUUCAAAGAGAUCUUCCUGGUCUCCAUUCUUCUUCUGACACUGAUGCUGGUGUUUGCAACCUUUGGGGUACAACUAUUUGCUGGAAAACUUGCCAAAUGUAAUGAUCCCCAUAUCUCUAGUAAGGAAGACUGCCACGGCAUCUUUAGAAUCAAUGUGAGCAUUUCAAAAAACCUGAAUUUAAAGCUCGGGGCAGGGGAGAAGAAACCAGGAUUCUGGGUGCCAAGAGUUUGGGCAAACCCUCGAAACUUCAAUUUCGAUAAUGUGGGCAAUGCCAUGCUGGCUCUGUUUGAGGUGCUGUCACUGAAGGGUUGGGUGGAGGUGAGAGACGUCAUCAUACACCGAGUGGGACCGAUUCAUGGCAUCUAUAUCCACGUCUUUGUGUUCCUGGGCUGUAUGAUUGGGCUCACCCUUUUUGUUGGUGUUGUCAUAGCCAACUUUAAUGAAAAUAAGGGCACUGCUCUUUUGACUGUGGAUCAGAGAAGAUGGGAAGAUUUGAAAAGUCGUCUGAAGAUUGCUCAGCCACUCCACCUCCCCCCUCGCCCAGAAAAUGGUGGAUUCCGUGCAAAAAUGUACGACAUCACCCAGCACCCUUUUUUUAAGCGAGGUAUUGCAGUGCUGGUGUUAGCACAGUCUGUCCUUCUGUCUGUUAAGUGGGAUGUACUUGACCCGGUUACUUUUCCCUUGGCCACAAUGUCUGUGGUUUUCACUUUUAUUUUUGUUCUGGAGGUGACUAUGAAGCUGAUAGCUAUGUCACCAGCCGGAUACUGGCAGAGCAGGAGAAACAGAUAUGACCUACUCGUCACAUCCCUGGGAGUCAUAUGGAUCAUUUUGCACUUUGCUUUACUGAAUGCUUACACAUACAUGAUGGGCACAUGUGUGAUAGUAUUCAGGUUUUUCACCAUAUGCGGGAAGCAUGUGACGUUAAAGAUGCUUUUGCUAACUGUGGUCGUCAGCAUGUAUAAGAGUUUCUUUAUUAUCGUGGGCAUGUUCUUGCUGUUGCUGUGCUACGCUUUCGCUGGUGUUGUCCUAUUCGGCACUGUCAAAUAUGGCGAGAACAUUAACAGGCACGCAAACUUCUCCACUGCGGGGAAAGCCAUCACUGUACUCUUUCGAAUAGUCACAGGUGAAGACUGGAAUAAGAUCAUGCAUGACUGCAUGGUGCAGGCGCCAUUCUGCACCCCGGACAAACAUCGUUACUGGGAGACGGACUGUGGAAACUAUGCUGGCGCCCUUAUUUACUUUUGCUCUUUUUAUGUCAUCAUUGCUUACAUCAUGCUCAACCUGCUCGUAGCUAUCAUUGUGGAGAAUUUCUCUUUGUUCUACUCUACCGAGGAGGACCAGUUGCUAAGCUACAACGACCUGCGUCACUUCCAGAUAAUUUGGAACAUGGUGGAUGACAAGCGGGAGGGAGUGAUUCCAACCUCUCGGGUGAAGUUUCUGCUCCGCCUGCUGAGAGGUCGUCUGGAAGUUGACCUGGACAAAGAUAAGCUCCUCUUCAAACACAUGUGCUAUGAGAUGGAGCGUCUGCACAAUGGAGGAGAUGUCACCUUCCAUGAUGUACUGAGCAUGUUGUCAUACCGCUCGGUUGAUAUCCGGAAGAGUCUUCAGCUUGAGGAGCUGUUGGCACGAGAGCAGCUUGAAUACACUAUAGAGGAGGAGGUGGCCAAACAAACCAUCCGCAUGUGGUUAAAGAAGUGCCUGAAACGCAUACGAGCCAAACAGCAGCAGUCAUGUAGCAUCAUUCUCAGUCUGAGAGAGAGCCAACAGCAGGAUCUACGCCGCCUGCUCAACCCUCCCAGCAUUGAGACCACCGUCCCCAGUGAGGACACCAACGCACAUAACCAAGACAAUCCCACUCAGCCAGAGAACAGUGGUCUGCAAACAUUACUGAGCCCCACUCUGUCAGACCGCAGCGGCUACCGCCAGGACUCCGCCGACCGACCCCAGAGGAAGCUGGGACAGUGGCGACUGCCUGCAGGCCGCACGAGUGUGAAGUCCAUGGUGUGUAAGAUGAACCCCGUGAGUGACGAGGCCUCCUCAGGGUCUGAAGUCAAAAAGUGGUGGACUCGUCAACUGACAGUGGAAAGUGAUGAAAGCGGUGAUGACCUCAUUGAUAUUUGAAGCAAAACUGCCCAUAUAUUUUCCAGAUUUUCCACUUAAGAAAGGAUAUUUCGGCUAAAUCUUUUGUAUUCGCUUCUUAGCGUAAGCCGCGAUCCUUUGUAUUGGCUUCACGUAGGUGUUUCUAUGUCGCUUAAAGCGCCACCUGCACCCGUUCAAGCCACCUUUUGCUCAUUCAAAAACAUUACCGGUUAAAACCAUUGUUAAUGAUCACUACUGUGUGGAAAAUUUUCAGUGAGCAUUAUUUUGUCAAUGGGAAAUAUGUAUGAUGAAAGAGCAGCUGAAAUGUGUCCUCAGGAAGUUUAUGUAAUGUAAUUUAAGAAGCUAAUAAUCUAGAUGUAAUGGUUAGGUAAAUGCACAUGCUUAAUGUGAUGCACCUAACCAAAGCCAUAGCGUUCUCUAUGUUUGUCUUUGUGCCACCACAAUUCAUCUUCAUUACAUGGGAGUGUGUAAGGUCCACAAUUACCUUGUGUUGUAAGUCUAGGGACUUACGAAUUACAAAAUGCAAACACUUGCAGCCAUUGUUGCAAUACAUUUAAUGUUACCAUAUUAUAUGUGUGUCUAUGUGACUGUGACUUUUCCAGUUUAAGUAUUAUAAUAAAGAUACAUAUGUAAGUUAUAAGAAUAAUUGAAAUAAUAUAUUGAAAUAGUGUACUUAAUAUAUUUUGUAAAAUUGAGAAUUUCAGCAAGUUAUCGCAUGCUUUUAAAUUUAAAGUCACUGUGAUAUUAACUGAAGUGGUUGUGUUGUUAUUUUAAGCAUUUGUGCCUGCAUUUUCAGGAACAAAUGAAAAGAACUAUGCACUCAUAAAGAAAUAAUCUGAAAGAACAAAGUUAAUUAUUUACAACA